CGCGCAUCUAGAAAUUACGCGUUUCGUUGAUACCAAGAGGGAAAAAAAAGUAAAACAACAAUGCCGUUAAAUCCAGAAGACUUAUUCGCAGAUCCCUUUGCUGCUGAUCCCAAGGAUCCCAAGGGCUCGCUGAACGAACAAGAUUUUAAAAACAGUCUUCCACAUCCCCAACCGCUUUAUCGAGAGCCAUCAACGACAACAACGAUAAGAGCAACGGGGCAAGCUGGUCAAAGCAAACAACCACAAGAACAGCAGCUGCAGCAGCAACGACGACAAUCACAGUUAACUCAAGAUCAGCAACAGACAUUGCAGCAGCCACGGCAAUUGCAAUUGACUCAAGAGCAAAAGCGGUUAUUGCAGCAGCAACGACGACAAUCGCAACUGACUCAAGAGCAACAGCAAAUCUUACUUCAGCAGAAACAGCUGCGACGACAACAGCAAGCGCAAUUAACACAAGAACAACAACAACAAUUAAUACAACAGCGUAAGCAACGAAAGCAGCAGCAACUACUAUUACAGCAACAGCAACAGCAACAACAGUUGGAGGCGGGAGAGGAACCGCGAGAAAAGACACAAGAAGAGCUGGAACUGGAAGCACGUCAACGUGCCAAAGAUAUUGCUACGUACAAAGAGGAUAUUUACUAUUCAAGCUACUAUUAUGGUACCGUGUGUACUAAAAGGAGGGAGAGCUGGUGUGCAUAAGAGGGAGAGGACCAUGUUGGGAUAAAAUUUGGUUUGUUUCCACUGAUAUUGACGCAUGUACAAUUUAGAUGACAAGUAUGCAUACAGACACGUCAAGUUACCCAAGAGCAUCUCGCGAUAUUUGCCG